GGGGCUUGAAAGCCGGUUCGAUCAGCGUGGGGCCGCUCGUCCUCACGCGAAUCCCUGGCUGUCGAAGGCGAUCGCAUGAACUCGCCUCCGGAAUCGGCCAGCGGCGGCGGGCCCGUGGCUGACUGCCGUCAGACGGUGGAGGUAAGGCGGAGAUUCCCCCCGUGAUAGAAGCAAACAGAGCGCGGCAGCAGCGCUCUCCUCCUCCCGAAGCAGGCAGACACCAGCCGUCCUAUUCUUGUUCCAAUCGACGGUCACGAUCGGGUACGUCGCCUAAUCGACGGUCAACGAUUCACCUCCGUAAAAAUAAAAGUAGCCUGCGGCCGCGCCGUUUCAAUUGGGCUUAUUUAACCCGUGACGUCCGCAAGAUUCGUCCCUCCCACUCUCUCCCUCCUCCUCGUCUUGUCUAUCUAUUGCCGUUUCGUUAAGCCGAUCUGUUCUCCGUUCUCUCCGAUCUUAUCUGAGAGAGUUUCAUAUUAUGGAUAGAAAUUUCCAGAGAUUGACACCACUUUAUUAGGUGUCAUAUCAGAACAUUUUACACUACAGAUAGUAAAUACUCAUAUCCAAUGAUUAUGUACGAGCAAGAUUCUGAAAUUCAUCGUUGGGGUUUUGACUUUCUUAAUUGCGAUCUGUUUUCUGUUUCACCAUACUGUGGAGUCAACACCCAACAAGAUUCUGAUUUCUAUGAUAAUGGUUAUGUUGGACAUGCUAACAUUGGUACAGAAUGUAUAACUGUUGAGAAUGAUGAGAUUAUUGCACAUGCUCUUCAAGAAGAACUUUCUCAACUAGCUGUUGCUGAAGCUUCAGGCUCUACUCAUGAAGAAGAAUGCUUGCAAGUAUCUGUUCUUGCACAAGAUUGGUUUGGACCUUGUACAGGAAGUUACCUUUCAGGCAAUGAGAGUAAUCAUGAUGAGGGGGAUGAUACUGAAGCCUCCAGCUCAUGUUCUAGUGCUGGCAAAAAUUCUUACGAAGAAGUGCAAGGGACAUUGGAAUUAACUGAUGAUUAUUUGGAAAUUGAUGGUGAAGUUGGUAAAAGGUUGAAUCAAAUGGUCUCAAUUCCGCAUGUUCCUAGAAUUAAUGGCGAAAUUCCUUCAGUUGACGAAGCCAUUUCAGAUCAUCAAAGGCUUAUAGACAGGUUACUCAUGUAUGAUUUGGUUGAGCUGAAGGUCCAAGGAGAUGGAAACUGUCAGUUCCGAGCAUUAUCUGAUCAAUUCUAUCGAUCAGCAGAGCACCACGAAUUUGUGAGACAGCAAGUUAUUAAUCAGCUCAAAUCUCAUCCCGAGUGUUACGAAGGAUAUGUCCCUAUGGAGUAUGGUGACUAUCUCAAGAAGUUAUCAAAAAGCGGAGAGUGGGGUGAUCACGUAACUUUACAGGCUGCUGCAGAUUCGUAUGGGGUCAAAAUUUUUGUGAUAACAUCAUUCAAGGACACAUGCUACAUUGAGAUUCUUCCCUGUACUCAGAAGUCCAAGCGAGUAAUCUUCUUGAGCUUCUGGGCCGAGGUGCACUACAACUCUAUAUAUCCUGAAGGCGAUCUCCCUGCUUCGGACUUGAAGAAGAAAAAAAAAUGGUGGCAGUUCAGGAAUAAACAUUAGAUUAACAUACCGUGGUCAUUUGUUCCCUGGAAAUUGCAAUUCAAUGACGAAACUAAACUGAUCAAAUCCUCCCCGGUGGGUCUCUAUCCUUGCUUCUAUACUCCCAUCUGGUACUCUCUGUUGACGAUAUCGUCUAAUUAAACAUGCUAUUAAUCCAGGGGAACGAUAUUUGUUGGUUCA